UAAGUGGGUGUAGGUCUGGCUUAAGAGGCCAGGAUUAGGCAAACGGAGGAGAGGGUAGGGCGAGUGCUGGGUCAAUAAUGGAGGCCUGGGGAAAGCCCAAAGGAACAAAGGGGGAGGAUCAAUUUGAGUGUGGCUGUAGUGGUGGGAAAAGGGUUGGUGAGGGCUGGGCAAAUGUGGAGGGGGAGAUGGUUAGUUCUGAAUGAAUAAUGGAGGGAAAGGGGGUGUGACCUAGAGGAAAUGGCUUCAGGUGCCUCAGUCUUUGAUCAUGAUAUCUGCCUGGCCAAUGGUGUAUGGAAUCUGUUAUUGCCUGCUUUCUAAACAACAGCAACUUGAGGAGCUCAAGGUUGCAGACUCCAAGACACUGACAGAGAAAGAGAGAGAGAAACUGUUUACUAAGCUGGAUGAAGCAAAUGAUUGUAUUGGCUGGGCCUUGGAGAUCCUUUCGCCCAACAUAAUCUCAACUUCAAUGCAGCAAAGAACUAAAUAUAACCUGAAUGCAUUGUCUCAUGAUGCUGCCAUUGGACUCAUUCAGUAUGCAUUGGACAGUGGUGUUCAAGUGAAAGAGGUUUAUGUAGACACAGUGGGACCGGCAGAAAAGUAUGAGGCAAAGUUGAAGGAACGCUUCCCAGAGCUGGAGGUCACAGUCAGAUCCAAGGCUGAUUCCUUAUUCCCAAUAGUCAGUGCAGCCAGCAUCUGUGCUAAAGUUGCCAGAGAUCAUGCUGUUCAAUCGUGGAAAUUUGUUGAAAAUCUAGGUGAUAUUAACCUGGAUUAUGGUUCAGGGUAUCCGAACGACCCUAAAACAAAAGACUGGCUGGAGAACCAGUUGGACCCUGUUUUUGGAUUUCCGCAGUUUGUGCGCUUUAGUUGGAGCACAGCGCAGGCAAUUCUGGAUACACGGGCAGUACCUGUCCACUGGGAUGACGACGAGGAUGGCAACAAAAAGGAAGCAUCUUCAGUGCUAUCCUACUUUCAAAGAAAGACCGAAAGCCGUAAAGAUCAGCCACAUCGUUUCUUCGCUGAAAGGAAACUUGUCUCUCUUGUGAAUCUCUGAGCAUUUGAUCUCACGAAUGUGGAAAGUAUGCAAAACAGAGUUUGGAAUUGAAAUGCUUAUGUGUUUGGGGCUGUGGGAGAUGAGGAAAACAAAAGCACAGAAUGAGCUUUUCCAAGAAAGAGAAAAUUCGUUUGGAAACAUGGGUUGGCAAUGAGCAACCAUCCAACCCAUGCAUUCCAGAAGCCACAGUAACCCUGAAUUGAAUGUUUCAUGAGAAUAUUGAACCUGUAACUAUUCAUCAAGGACUUAUUCCUUAUCAAGUUUGGAUCAGUUUAUUUCCUUAGAUUUGCGUUGUUGGGUAUUUGAUUAAGACAGAAGCUGUUUUUGAACUUCAUUAUUUUGAGAAUGGUUUUUAUGAAACAACUCUUUUUUUUGGUUCCUUCCAGAAGACUGACUUUGUUCAAUUCUGAUGAAAGGUCCCUUGAGCCGAAAUAUUUCUGUCGACAGAUCUGCAGAGUAUUUCAAGGUUUUUUUUGUUUUUUAUUUCAGUUUUUCACUAUCUGCAGUAAUACUGCUCUUGUAUGAAUGGAGAUAGAUUGAAGAUUUUUCUCUUCGAUUGGUAUCUCCUGUCGCUUUAGACAGGAAUAGGCUGGGAAUAAAUUUUUACUUCGUUUCUUUCAACUCUCCUUCCCUUUUUCUGAGGUGCUGCCUGGUGACUUUGGUUGAAUAACAUGGAAAUCCCUCUGUAGGAAAUCAUAAACUUGUCCUUAAGCUCUGUUUCUUGUGCAGCACAUUGUAGUUCCAGAGCCAGUAGCUCAAUAUUUGUCUUGUGAAAAUUUGCUAAUGGAUGCCUGUGAGAGUUUAGAAUUAUACCAAUAAAACAUUUUGUCUUUUGGAA